AUGUCUCCAUCGCCACUCCACACGACCCACUCCGACAACAUUCCCCUCGACCACCACCACAUCAUCAUGGACUCGUCGGCCACUGGAUCGCCUAGCAGGUCCCUCUGGGAGCGCCGCAACCGCAACCCAAGGAAGGCGCCGUCCCUUCCGGCUCCUCCACGCCGCCACAGCCCGGGAUACUCGAUGAUGCCAGGCAGCAUCAACAGCCCGCGCAAGACUUCAGCUCCAGAACUUUCUCCCUACAGCGGCGGUGGGAGGCAGUCGACGCCACACACCCCACGGCUCGGAGCAUCGGCGGAAAUCGACGGCUCGUACCAUGCCACGGCCGCGAUGGCGCGCAGCAACUCGGACCAAAACUCGUCUUCGACCGCCCCGCGCUCCCUCCGACCACGAGUCGACGGGCGGGUCGUCGUCCCCGCGACCCACCGUGAUGCUGCCGACUCGGACACGGCGAUGGAGUCGCCAUCGCCCACCGAGGGCUACGGUCGCCAGCACUCGAAUAGCCCCCACCACCACCUCCCAAACUCGAAACCUGUGAUCGAGCUCGGACGCCGUUCAGACCGCCACCCAGUUCUCGACACGCCUCGCGCUUCAGCCGCGUCCGGCAGAGAACAAAGGCAGGACGACAGCGCCAUGGACACGCCACGCGGCAGUCACCACGAGUACGACUUCCAGCAGGCACGAAGGGCCGGUACCAUUGUUUCCAGGAAUGGAUCCCGUACUCCCUCGCUUCCCUCGGCCAUGUCCUCAAUGCACAGGUACUCUGUGGCGUCGUCUGGACCGCGCUCGGCUGUCUCUUCUGGUGCUGGUACUGCAGGCUCGCGCACACCUUCUACACCCGGCUACGCAUCCCCGAGUGGUGGCAAAUUUGCAGUUCGCUCGCCUCGCGUGUUUAGCGAGGCGCGCGUCAAUAGCAAUCCGUACUCGCGAAGCUCGUCGUCGACUUCGAGCUACCCCGCCACCCCCUCGGGCCUGGCGAUCGCGCCCCACCAUCACCAUCUCUUUCCCCGAGCGGCCCCGCGCUCGCCACGCAACUUCUCCCCGAGGUCUCCCAUGUCCCCGGCAAUGCCCAGCCCGACUCUCGACCACAUUCCCAAGGACUUUGUCGUUAAGCGGUUGAAUAAGUUUGCCGGGACCUUUUGGUCCAACUUGUCUACGUCGGACGUCAGGCUUCUCGUGCCGUGUACCAAGAACUGCGAGGAAGACUCCCACAUCCCUUUUCCGCCCACCCCUGCCAAUGGCAACAUGAGGGCGGACCAGGCUGGCGAUGACAAGCCGAAGAGGGUCCGCGCUGUGCCCAUCACCCCAGCUUCUGCUGGUGGCAACCGGGCCCCACUCAGGACCCUCGCCUUUGAGGUCCACAGGGAUUACCUCGUGCAGCAGAGCUCUCUUCUCCGCACCGUCCUCUCGGAAGGCACAAAGACGCCUUCAGCCAUCGAGAUGAAGGGCUGCCGCAUUCUCGCCACCGAGCCAGGUGCGCCAUUGGACAUUAUUGUCCCCCUUCCCGACCCGUCGUCGCUCGGUAUCCUCCUCCACUGGAUGUACUGGGGCGAUCUCGAAGCUCUCGAGACUGCUCUGAACGAGAACCCCCUGAAGUGGAAGGGCAUGAUCGCCAACGUCAACUUCCUCGGGCUCGACCAACGCACCAAGUUUGCCGUGGGACGCUGGUGGCGCCGCUGGGCCGAGCCGUCUGCGACCUCCAAGGCCCGCCCGAUGGACCGUGACAGCAUCAUCAACGAUGACCCCCACGUUUUCUCGCCUGAGAUCAAGCAGGAGCCCAUCCUGCACUCGGACGACUCGAUGAUGAUCGACCUCAAGCCUAUUAAUAGGCAACUUGUCAUGGAGGCUGAUGAAGUUAGCGAGAGACUUCGCAUGCUCUAG